UACGCUGGCGCAGGCGUUUUUCCGUCCCAGGCAGCGCGCCCAGGAAGGGGCGGGACCAGACAGUUGCACGCGCAGACGGCUGGCGUAACGGGUCAAGAUGGCAGCUACCAAGUUUUGGGUUUUGCUGCAGGGGUGGAGAACCGGCGUCCAGCGGAGCUGCGGGCUACGGCUGUUGAGCCAGACCCAGGGUCCUCCGGAUUACCCCAGCUUUGUGGAGUCUGUGGAUGAAUACCAGUUUGUGGAGCGCCUUUUACCAGCUACCAGGAUCCCAGUUCCCCCAAAGCAUGAACGUUACCCUACACCUAGUGGUUGGCAGCCUCCCAGAGACCCCCCACCCAACCUGCCCUACUUUAUACGACGCUCUCGGAUGCACAACAUCCCUGUCUACAAGGACAUCACGCAUGGCAACCGCCAGAUGACUGUGAUCCGGAAGGUGGAAGGGGACAUCUGGGCUCUGCAGAAAGAUGUGGAAGAUUUUCUGAGCCCACUGCUGGGGAAGACACCCAUCACCCAGGUCAAUGAGGUGACAGGUACCCUGCGGAUCAAGGGCUACUUUGACCAAGAGCUUAAAGCCUGGCUUUUGGAGAAAGGGUUCUGAGGCCCAGCCGAACAGCCUGCAUGACAGCAUCCCCUGCAGAUUGAGCCUAGGGGGCCAGGGAGGUGGAUGUUGGAGCCCUUGGCACUGCAGAUACAAAAACUAGGGCUAAAGGACUUUGGGGUGAGGCCUUGCUUGCAUAAAGGAGAAAACUGGACCCUAUGUACAUGCUGGGAGAAGAGUGCCUAACGCCGGAGACCAAAUAGGAAUAAACCAGACUUGUUGGGGGCAUUAGCAGCGUCUCUCCUACCUUGGCCUGUUUUUUU